AAAAUUAGCACGGAGAGAUAUUUUCCUGAUUUCUUUGUAGCGUUUCAAAGAGGCGAUACACAAGAAAGGAAAUACGGAAUAUUAUGCGACAAUGGUUUAGAAUAACCAACUCCACUAUUUUUCGGCCAUUGAUCUCUUCAUCAUUUCUUCUUUGCCGUUUUCAGCAAAAAUCGUGUUAUACAACAGCCAUUACUUUUGACAUGUUGAGGCCUUAUCAAAAAGAUUGUAUAGAAACAACUUUAAGAGAGUUUGAGAACGGCUGUAAUAAACAGAUUGUAUCUUUGCCUGUUGGGAGUGGCAAAACUGUCGUCAUGUCUAAUCUUAUACCCAAAAUCCCUUGUCCAACCCCCAAAGCGACAAAAGUGUUAUUGCUUGCUCAUCGUACUGAGUUAUUAGAUCAAGCUUACAAUCAAAUUACUAGAUACAAUCCAAACUUGAAUGUACAAAUAGAGCAAGGGAAAAGAAAAGCUGAUAUAGAUAGUGCGGAUGUAAUUAUCGCCUCUGUACCUACCUUGGGUCGAAAGCCCACGGAAAAGUCGCUCAAGGGAUCGACUCGUUUGGAACGUUUUCAACCCGAUCAAUUCAAAGCCAUCUUGAUUGAUGAAGCACAUCAUGCUGUGGCAGAUACCUAUACCUAUAUCCUUGAUUAUUUUGGCGUUUCCAAUAAACCUCGUGGCGGCGACAACGACCUUCACCAGAAGACCGAGGAUGCCAGAAAAGAGCUUGCCGAUAUCACGAACGUCAGCGAUAAUACAACCCAACAGAACACAGACUUACUCUUGUGGGGUUGUACAGCUACUGCGAAACGACAUGAUGGACUUGCUCUGAAAGCCGUCUUUGACAAGAUUACCUUUCAUAUUGGAUUCAUGGAGAUGAUUGAACAAGGCUAUUUAUGUCCCAUGCGAGUCACGACCGUUGAUACUCAAGUAGACUUGACUCAAGUCAAACUGUCCUCCUCCACGGGCGACUUUGUAAAGACACAAUUAGCCGAAGCCGUGAAUACCAAGACGAGAAAUCAAAUCAUUGUCUCCAGUUGGCGGAAAUAUGCACAACAAGGCGCUGCGAUAAACGAUCAGGAGACUGAGAUCAGGGCAAAGAAAGAAGCCAAGGAAGACAAGGAUGCUCAGCUUUGGAAAGUAGUGAAGAGGGAGUUGGACGAGGAGCAAGAAGAAAAGAGGCAAAUGUCAAAGCUGAAGAAGGAGGCCGAGGACGACGAAAAGAUAAAGCUUUUGAGCAGGAAGAACGACAUGCAACGACAGUCCACGUUGGUUUUUGCUGUGGAUAUCCAACAUACGGUUCAAUUAUGUAAUGCGUUUAUCGACGCCGGUAUCCAUGCCAAAUGCAUUACCAGCAAAACAAAUGCAGUAGAAAGAAUAUCCAUAUUGAAAGAAUUUCGUGAAAGAAAGUUACCCGUACUUGUGAAUUGUGCCAUCUUGACAGAAGGCACAGAUAUACCUAGUGUGGACUGUAUUUUAUUAGCGCGUCCAACAAAAUCCACCACACUCUUUCAGCAAAUGUUUGGUCGUGGAUUACGUCUUUUUCCCAACAAGAAGGAUUGCCUGGUGAUUGACUUUGUGGAUAACUUUAAACGGACAGGACAGGCAGAAUUAGAAAAAGAAGCUUUAAAGACAAAGGAAAAAGAAGACGAUAACAAACAUACAGACAUUGACAAAGAAACAGAGGAGGAGGAGGAGGAGGAGGAGGAGAAGGAUGAGGAUCUUGACCGGAUCAAGAUCCGUAUUACGGAAUACGACAGCUUACAGGAGCUCAUUGCUGAUUUUUCGGUAGCCAAAAAUGUGCGUGCAGCCUCUCAUUUUGGCUGGGUUGACGUCGGUCAGAAGAAAUGCGUAUUGCAUGUAUUGACAAAAGGAUUUUUGGUUCUUGAAUAUGAGACGAAGAGUCGGCUGUGGAAGGGAACCUUUCGCUAUGCGAAUACGAGCCGCCAUAUUUUCUCAAAGCCAUUUCAGAUACCCUUGGAAGCCUCCGAUGUAUUCAGUGCGAUCAGAGCAGCCGAUUCUUGGGUGGUGAAGAAGUUUGGCAAUAGUGUCAACCCAUUUUUGAUGUCGAGAAAAGCACCCUAUCGGUCGACAAAAGCGACACCGGCACAAAUGAAAGCCUUGGCCAGGUACAAGUUGAAUAUCGCCUCUGCCGAUGCUGAAGCGAAAGACAGGAAGGACAACAGCACCGGUCUGAGCAGUGGUCAAAAGCCUAGUCUUACCAAGGGACAAGCCAUGGACUUGUUAACAAAACUCAGGUUUGGUCAAAUGAAUCUAUGGAAGCAACAAUUCAAGUUGGAAAAGGAAGAAAGAAAAGCAGAGGAGCAACGUAAGAAAACAGCGGUUCUAGCUAGAUUUAUGGAUGCAAAUACAAUAAAGCCAGCAGCAUAAGCGAAAGACAUGACCAACAUCGGGGGGAGAAAAAAAAAAAAGCGGAAAAAGGUUGCCAUCAUUGUGGACAUUCUUAUAGAUACGCAUCCACUACAUUGAGCGAUUCAUGGAGUCAUCGC